UUCAUUCUCUUUCGUUCUCAAAUCCCUAAAAAAACAGACUUUGCUCUCAAAUCUAUCCUUUCCCUCUCACUGAACACACCCGACAUUUUUGUCAUUGGUAAUCUCCCUUGUAACUUACCUGAUACUCCUCAAUCAGCCUCUAGCCAGGGUUUCCGAAGAUGACGACGAUACGCAGAUUCUGCUGCAACGAUCUUCUUCGCUAUGCCUCCGUCAAUCUUGACCAUCUAACGGAAACCUUCAACAUGUCCUUCUACAUGACCUAUCUUGCAAGAUGGCCAGACUAUUUUCAUGUUGCUGAAGGUCCUGGAAAUCAAAUCAUGGGUUACAUUAUGGGUAAAGUAGAGGGGCAAGGAGAGUCUUGGCAUGGUCAUGUAACUGCAGUAACAGUUGCUCCAGAGUAUCGCAGGCAGCAGUUAGCCAAAAAACUUAUGAAUCUGCUGGAAGACAUUAGUGACAAUAUUGACAAGGCUUACUUUGUUGAUCUCUUUGUGAGAGCAUCAAAUGCGCCAGCCAUCAAGAUGUAUGAUAAGCUUGGCUAUGUGAUUUAUCGACGGGUGCUACGGUACUAUUCUGGUGAAGAAGAUGGUUUAGAUAUGAGGAAGGCUUUGUCUCGUGAUGUUGAAAAGAAGUCCAUUAUCCCUCUUAAACGGCCAGUGACUCCUGAUGAGUUAGAGUAUGACUAAAUGUGCUUUCAUGCAGCUGUAUUGCAUGAGCUUAUUGUGUCUUAAAGUAAAUUAUAUAGGUUUAGUAUUUAUGCUAAUUGAUUUACAUUUGUUUAAUCAUCCGACUUCAUAACCAGUUACAUAUUUCAAGAUUGAGGUAGUGGGAUGUAAUCUAUUAAAAGUUAAUCUUGCUCUACUAAAA